GCAUUAUGUAGUGACCGAUGCUUGGCGUUCAGAAGUUUUUCAAUGCGCGCUCCGACAGACAUAGGUGGCCAGUACGCGAGUCCAAUCCAAUAGUCACAUUUAAUAAAUACGGUGGCAGUACGUGGACUUUCGGUUGGACUGCAUUCCCAGUUUCAGAGGAGGACUUGCGGAUUGCUUCAGACUUCUUGACUUCUGUUGUUCGCCAGCGCCGUUUGGAGAGAAGUCAUGCAGGCGCGCUAUUCCGUCUCCAGUCCCAACUCGCUGGGAGUCGUGCCGUACAUCAGCAGCGACCAAAGUUAUUACCGGGCCGCCGCCGGAGGGGGGUACACCGGGAUGCCAGCCCCCAUGAGCAUGUACUCUCACGCGGCCCAUGAGCAGUACCCUGCCAGCAUGGCGAGGGCGUACGGACCGUACACGCCGCAGCCGCAGCCCAAGGACAUGGUGAAACCGCCGUACAGUUACAUUGCGCUCAUCACCAUGGCCAUCCAGAACUCCCCGGACAAGAAGGUGACCCUAAACGGUAUUUAUCAGUUCAUAAUGGAGCGCUUCCCCUUUUACAGGGACAACAAGCAGGGCUGGCAGAACAGUAUCAGACACAAUCUGUCCCUGAACGAGUGCUUUGUCAAAGUGCCCCGCGAUGACAAAAAACCCGGUAAAGGCAGCUAUUGGUCUCUCGACCCGGACUCCUAUAAUAUGUUUGAGAACGGCAGCUUUUUGCGGCGACGACGGCGUUUUAAAAAGAAGGACGCCUCAAAGGAUAAGGAAGAGCGAACUGUCAAGGAAGCGCCUUCCCGCCAGCAGCAGCAGCAGACGGGCCGUGACCAGGAGCAGUCGGUGCCGGGCUCGCAGCCCGUGCGUGUACAGGACAUUAAAACCGAGAACGGCUCGUCCACGCCUCCGCAGGCCGUUUCGCCCUCGCUAAGAACUGUUCCCAAGAUCGAGAGCCCCGACAGCAGCAGCAGCAGCAGCAUGUCGAGCGGCAGCCCGCACAGCAUCCCGUCCACCCGCUCUCUCAGCCUGGAUAGCGCCGGGGAACAGCAGCAGCAGCAGCAGCAUCACCACCAGGGCCAGGCCCCCGCGCAGGGCUUCAGCGUGGAUAACAUCAUGACCUCCCUCCGUGGCUCGCCUCAGAGCUCCGGCGAGCUCACCCCGUCUCUCGUGGCGCCCUCACGGACAGGUAUAACCCCCACGUUGUCCCUGAACUAUUCGCCCAAUCAGACGUCCGUGUACAGCUCGCCCUGCAGCCAGAACUCUAUCUCGACUACCUCCAACGCCACCUAUCAUUGCAACAUGCAGGCCAUGAGCUUGUACGCGGGCGGGGAUCGCUCGGGUCACUUGGCCGCCACUACCACCGUGGACGAAACUCUGCCCGAUUACUCGAUCACGACCACCACGUCGUCUUUAAGCCACGGGAAUCCUCAGGAGGGCCACCAUGCGCACCAAGGGCGCCUCGCGUCAUGGUACCUAAACCAGGCCGGAGACAUUGGCCACCUGGGCGCCACGUACCCCGCGCAGCAGCAGAACUUCCACUCGGUCCGAGAGAUGUUUGAAUCGCAGAGAAUCGGUCUGAAUAAUUCACCGGUGAACGGGAAUAACAGCUGUCAAAUGUCGUUUCCCCCGAGUCAGCCCAUAUACCGCACGUCAGGGGCUUUUGUGUACGACUGCAGCAAGUUUUGACCAAACACGUAUUUUUUGUUCUUCUUCUUCGUUUUGUUGUUGUUGAUUUUGCCUUUUCUUGAUACUGAGACACGUUGAUAAUUACCUACUCUACCCCCCGUGAUGGACUGAACAGAAACCGAACUAGAUCUUGGUUUGUUAAGGACAGUGUUACUUCGAAUAACACGUAAGUCUUCUUGGUUUUUGUGAGCUAUAUGCUGGGCUGUGCUGACGUGCAGCAGACGUUUAUGGACUUGUUAUUAUACGUGUAAAUUGCAUAUAGUAAUUUAUUUCUAAAGUGUAGCCGGAUAUUAUGGACCAAACACCAAAAAGUGUUUCUAAAUUGAACUGCAUUAAUAGUCCAAAUGUUCCACUAUAACAAGGAACGGAACAUGUAUAACGCCAUAUUCUUUCAAAUUAUCUCCUUUUGUUGAAAAAGUAUUCUGAAGAUACUGCAUUGUUUGUUUAAUAAAUUGCCAUGCUAUUUGAGUUAAAAGUAGGCUACGG